GAAAAAGGGGAAUAAAAAAAGAAAAAGAAAAUCCGAAAUCGGUGUGUCUCUCUCUCCUGGCGCUCUCUCUCUCUGCCCUGCUCAAGUUUUUUUGCUGGCCACGCCCCCCAAGCCCCCCUACUCUCACUUACAUACGAUUUGAUUUACUCACCACUCAAAGCUCCUCUGCCUCUACAAUUACCCGCCAAAAGGUUUAUUUUUAAGUUUUUAACGAUUCCUAAUUUCAUCUUUCCCCCCUCUUUGCUUUUCUUUUUCCCUCUCUCCCAUCCCCUAGGGUUUGUUUUCUUUCUCCUCUUAUCAUGGCUGCUGCGCCUCUCUCUCUUGUCUGCAGGUUUGACCGGAUUCUUGCCUCCAUUAUACGCGCCUUUCGAUGUGACUGCUCUUUCUGCCUUCUGUUUUCGGAUGGAAUUAGCGGUUGACACUCCCGAGGCGAGAUCGGAACCUGUCGGUGACAAGAGGGCGGCGGACGAGCUGGAUGUCUUCAAGGAUGCCUCGCCGCCGCCGCCGAAGAGGACCAGAGGAUUGAGCGACCGACGCUUGGUUGGGGAUGUUCGGAAGGUAGCUGAGAUGGUGUUGGUGUUGGCCGCCAUGGGGAAAAUGCGCGGAGGGAAGGGCCCCAGUGAUGUUGAGAAGGAACUCAUGGCGGAGGCGCGGAACAAGUUGGCCCAGGUUUGCGAGGGUUUUGCCCCCAAGGACGUCUUCCCAGGGGAUUCUUUUGGGGUUGUCAUUGAGGAUUUGGGGCUUAAUAGAUUGAAAGAGCAGAGGCUAGGGUUUCGGCCUCCUAAAAUGUCCAUAGCUGAGAAGCUACUCGUUUCCAAAAGAAAGAUGGAAAAAGCAGAAAAUUUCUCACUACCAUCUACUCCUCAUUCAUCGCGUCUGCAUCCAAGCUCUGGAUCAGCUGCUGAAAGUCGAAACACGGCACAUCCAAUCCGAAUGCCUCAGUCAGACAAAUCAAGUCACAUGCCUAUAUCUUCUGGAAGUUUCCUUCCCCCUUCAUCUUUAGUCCAUACUACAGCAGUAAAUUCUGCACCAUUACCAUAUCAGCUUCCUACUAGUGAGAUAAGACCAGUAGUUUCUAGCGGAUUGCUGCCUAGCCAUUUGAAUUCAGCAGCAUUACCAAGAGUUGACCGGUCACACAUCAGAUCAGAUGCAAGACCAAAUGGUUCUGCACACCCUCAGCAAAUUCAAGCUAAUUACUCUGCUAACUCAAAUGCGAGGACUCCAACAUGGUCAUUGCAACCCCAGCCUGCAUUUUCUUCCAAACCGGCAGCAGAUAAUAAGGUGCCUGUGAAUAUGUCCCUUAAGGUUGAGGGAGGGGCUGGCGUAGCAGCUGGACUAGCCCCUCAAACAACAGCUAGGGCAGUUGCUUCUCAGACAUUAGGACCACUAUCACAAAGCACUAGCCAUGGACCUCCAUUGGGAAAUUCACAUUCUGAGGUUGGUAAGAUUGUUCAGAAAUUAUUGCAACCACGUGUUUCUGAGCGACCCACUUGGAUUCCUCCUUCUAGGGAUUAUAUGAAUAAGGCUUUGACUUGUCAAAUUUGCAUGUCAACGGUAACAGAGAUAGAUAGCAUACUCAUUUGUGAUGCUUGUGAAAAAGGGUAUCACUUAAAGUGCCUCCAAACUACUAAUCAAAAGGGAGUUCCAAGAGGGGAGUGGCAUUGUGGAAAAUGUUUGUCUUUAAGCAAUGGCAAACCUUUGCCUCCUAAAUAUGGCCGCGUCAUGAGAAAUGUGAAUACACCAAAAUUGUCGUCGAAUUCGGCAGCUAUUACAUCUACCUCAAGUAAAUUGCACGGUGGUGCAGAAGAGAAAGUAAGCCAGACGAAAGCAAUGUUCAAUGGGAAUACUACUGUGGAAAACUGUUCAAGUGGCGUUGUAGGUAAUAACUAUAGCCACCAGACAUCUGGGUCUGAGAGAAAAGAAAGUAAAAUAAUGCAGGAGAAUGAUAAUGCCGCCAUUGGUGCUAAGAUGGAUGACCUAGUAUCUUCUGGGAAUUGCCCAAACAAUUUGUUGAAAACCUCCUGUUCUGCUGAUGUUUCAUCUGCAAACUCAGAUGACGUGAAAGCUGCUGACCUGAAGGUAAAUUCUUCUACUGAACCAGCGAUAGCUCUUAACACAUCUGAUAAGUCAGAGGCAAUUCCCAAGGCUGUAGAAGCAAGUCCGCAGGAGCAAUCUCUGGAAAAUCAGUUCCUGGCGAGGGAUUCAAAAGAAUCUCAUGAUGAUGAAUCUUCAAACAACACAGAUCACCUGAAUGAUCAAAACAUCGUGCAUGGUAAUCUUCCAGAAAUUGUUGCAAAUUCUGGGGCAACGAACCAGGAUAACUCUUCAUCACUCAGCUUGCAUGCUGUCAACUGGAUUGGUGACCCUGUCCAGAUUUUGGAUGAAAAAGUUUAUUAUCCAUCUUGCUGCAUCAGUGGACAUCUAUAUAAACUGAUGGAUCAUGUUCUUAUUCACUAUGACAAUGACAAACUUAUACCUUCGAAGCUACAGGCUAUGUGGGAGGAUAAAAAUACUGCAACAAAGUGGGUAGUGGUGAAUCAAUGUUACUUUCCUGGUGAUUUGCCUGAGUCUGUUGGCCGUCCAUGUGGCCUUGAAAGCAGUGAGGUAUAUGAGUCAACAUGUAGUAGAUCGGUGAUGGCCGGCUUAAUAGAAGGCCCUUGUGAAGUCCUCCCUCCAAGAAGAUUUGCUGAAGAAAGUGAUCGGAGAAUUCGUUCUGGGCGACAGAUUAGUGAUCAUUUGCCUCCGGUUUAUCUGUGCAAAUGGAUUUAUGAUGAAGCAAAAGGACUAUUCCGGGAUGUUUCCUGUUAAAGAAUGUUGUGCUCAUAUUAGAUCAACAAAAGGAUGCAAUUCGGUGUAAGAUGGAGCAGUUGUUUGUGGCCCUUCACUGUCACGCUCAAGCAGGAUAUGCUGAAAUCCAGUUUUGUGUACAAUACGUAGCCCGUGUAGCCUGUAGACUGUAUCAUUCUGUGGUUAGGUGCAACUUUGGCUCAGCCCUUUUAGCGUUCAUUCUCAAAAAUAGAUGAUUGUUUGAUGUAAAUGUGAUUAAUACUUGUCAGUUCCUAAUUAUUAAUUUUUUUAAAAUACAAAUUGAUUCUGCAGUA